AAGAGAUAAGGUAGUAGCAGCAUACCAUACCCAAUCCUAAACCCACACCGCCAUUUCUUCCCCAAACAACAAUGGAAGCCACCCUCUUCACCACCCUCCCACCACCCUCAUCCACCACAAUCUCCCUCAAAUCCCACUUCCACAACCCGUUACUCCUCCACCCCACCACCCUCCACCACCGCAAACCCACCCGAACACCCCUCACAAUCCGCUCCGCAAUCAGCCGCACAAAGAAAGAAGAAACCGUCGAAACCGUCAAACAACAGCUCGAAGGCUGCCACCUCAUCGCCGGAAUCAACUACAAAGGCUUCACGGUCCAACAAUUCCAACAACUCCGUACAACGUUCCCAGACUCCACCAAGCUCAUUGUCGCCAAAAACACACUCGUCAUCAAGGCUAUUGAAGGCACUCCAUGGGAGCCGUUGAAACCAUGUAUGAAAGGGAUGAAUGCGUGGCUUUUUGUCCAUAGUGAGGAGAUACCAGCUGCUAUUAAGCCGUACAGGACCUUUCAGAAGGAGAAGAAGUUGGAGGAGAAUGAUUUUAGUGGGGCGGUUUUUGAAGGGAAAUAUUAUCCCCCUGAGGAGUUUAAGGUUUUGGAGAAUUUACCGACAAGAGCCGAGGUUUAUGCCAAGCUAUUAGGGUCGUUGAAGGGGCCCGCGACGUCCGUUGUCGGGACGUUGCAGGCGCCCGCCAGGAAUUUGGUUAUGACUUUGAAGGCCUAUGUGAACAAGUUGGAAGAAGAGGGUGGUGCAGGGCAAUGAGGAAUGUAAGUGUUUUGCAGGUUGUUGUGUAGAAUUUUGUAAAAUUACAUUCAACUAUUGUUUAUGAAAUGAAAAUGUUGAUUUGUUGCUACAAGUUGGGUGGUGUAAGCAUAGAUAGUUGAUUUUAGCCAUGA